AUGUCGAGAAGACUAUUGCCAGGUAUUAGAUAUAUGUCAACAAAUUCAAUUAAGAGAACAAUGAAUGACAGACCAACACCUGAUGAAUUGUUAACAAAAAUCGCAUCGUAUGUUCAUAAUACAACAAUUGAUUCGAAAUUAGCAUUUACUACUGCAAAAUAUUGUUUAUUAGAUACAUUAGGUUGUGGAUUAGCAUCAUUAAAAUAUUCACAAGUUGAAAAAAUUAUUAAACCAAUUGUACCACAAUUAGGUAAAAUUGAAAAUGGGUGUCAAGUUCCUGGUACAAAUUAUAAAAUGGACCCAAUUAAUGGUGCUUUUGUUAUUGGUACUACGAUUAGAUGGUUAGAUUUUAAUGAUUGUUGGUUAGCUUCUGAAUGGGGUCAUCCAUCUGAUAAUUUAGGUGGAAUUCUUGCCGUAAUUGAUUUUAUUAAUAGAUCAAAUAUGGGUUCGACUAAACCAUUUUUAAUUAAAGAUUUACUAGAAGCAAUGAUUAAAGCUCAUGAAAUUCAAGGAAUUAUUGCAUUAGAUAAUUCUUUUAAUGGAGUUGGUUUAGAUCAUGUUAUCUUAGUUAAAUUAGCUACAACUGCUGUUGUAAGUAAAUUAAUUGGUCUUAAUGAAGAACAAACUGUAACAGCUUUAUCACACGCUUUUGUUGAUGGCCAUCCAUUAAGAACUUAUAGACAUUCUCCAAAUACUAAUUCGAGAAAAUCUUGGGCUGCUGGUGAUGCAACCUCAAGAGCUGUUAAGUUAGCUUAUUUAGUGAAAGAUGCACAGAUUGGUUGCAUUCCAAGUGUAUUAACUACUCCACGUUGGGGUCUUUAUGAUACUUUAUUUAAUGGUAAACCAUUUAAAUUUAAUCAACGUCAACAAUUUCAAUCUUAUGUCAUGGAAAAUAUUUUAUUUAAAAUUUCAUUCCCUGCAGAAUUUCAUGCACAAACUGCUGUUGAGGCUUCCAUUGAGGCUCAUAAAAAACUAAAUGAAUUAGGUAAAAACUUUAACGACAUUAAAAAAAUUAGAAUUAGAACUCAAGAUGCUGCAAUGAAUAUUAUUGAUAAAAAUGGUCCUUUAUAUAAUUACGCGGAUAGAGAUCAUUGCAUUCAAUAUAUGGUCGCUGUACCAUUGAUUCAUGGUAGACUUACUGCAGAUGAUUACACCGAUGAAAUUGCAAUUAAGAAUAAUGAUAUUGAUAAUUUAAGAUCAAAAAUGUAUUGUGUUCGUGAUGAUCAAUUUACUAAAGAUUAUUAUGAUCCUCAAAAGAGAUCAAUUGCAAAUGCUUUAUUGAUUGAAUUAAAUGAUGGUACUAUACUUGAUGAAAUUGUUGUUGAAUACCCAAUUGGACAUAAAUUUAGACGUGAAGAAGGUAUUCCUUUAUUAAUGUCAAAAUUUGAAAAUCAUAUUAAAGAAAGGUUUGGUGAUUCUGAACAAGCACAAAGAAUUCUUCAAUUAUCAUCAGAAAAUAAUUUUGAAGAUAUGCCUGUUCACAAAUAUAUAGAUGAAUAUAUAAUGAAAUGA